GAGUGGGCGCCAGGCCCAGCGCUGACGGCUGGCCGGGCCCUCAGGCCUCAGCAGCUGCAGACGCGGCGCAGCGGAGCGGGGCGGCUGGCCAGUCCCCGGGGAGGCGGGCCUGCGUGAGGAGGCCCCGCGGCGAAGGCGGAGAGUACGCAAGCUGCUAGGCCUCGGCCUCGUCCCUGCAGCCACAUGGCCUCCGGAGUGGGCGCGGCCUGCGAGGAGCUGCCUCCCGACGGCACGUGUGACGAGUGUGAACCCGACGAGGCGCCCGGGGCGGAGGAGGUGUGCCGCGAUUGCGGCUUCUGCUACUGCCGCCGCCACGCUGACGCGCACCGCCAGAAGUUCCUCAGCCACCGCCUGGCCGCGUACGUCCAUGGCGCCCAGGCCUGGACUCCGCCAGCCAGCGGGGACGACGCGCUCCCCGAAGACGUCGAGGCCAAAGGGGAGGCCGAGGGGGAGGUAGAGAGCGAGGUCGGGGAAGAAGAGAGCGAGUCGGAGGUAGACAGUGAGUCGGAAGAAGAGAGCGAGACAGAGGAAGACAGUGAGGAUGAGAGUGAUGAGGAGAGUGAAGAAGACAGCGAGGAAGAGAUGGAAGAUGAGCAGGAAAGUGAGGCGGAGGAAGACAACCAAGAAGGAGAAUCUGAGGCAGAAGGGGAAACUGAGGCAGAAAGCGAAUUUGACCCCGAAAUAGAGAUGGAAGCGGAGAGAGUGGCCAAGAGGAAGUGUCCAGACCAUGGGCUGGAUUUGAGCACCUAUUGCCAGGAAGAUAGGCAGCUUAUCUGUGUCCUGUGUCCAGUCAUUGGGGCUCACCGGGGCCACCAGCUGUCCACGUUAGAUGAAGCCUUCGAAGAGCUGAGAAGCAAAGAUUCUGGUGGACUGAAGGCAGCUAUGAUAGAGUUGGUGGAAAGGUUAAAGUUCAAGAGCUCAGAUCCUAAAGUAACUCGAGACCAAAUGAAAGUAUUUAUACAGCAAGAAUUUAAGAAAGUUCAGAAAGUGAUUGCUGAUGAGGAGCAGAAGGCUCUUCAUUUAGUGGACAUCCAAGAAGCAAUGGCCACGGCUCAUGUGACUGAGAUAUUGGCGGACAUCCAAUCUCACAUGGAUAGGUUGAUGACUCAGAUGGCCCAGGCCAAGGAACAACUUGAUACCUCUAAUGAAUCAGCUGAGCCAAAGGCAGAGGGUGAUGAGGAAGGACCCAGUGGUGCCAGUGAAGAAGAGGACACAUGAAGACUCACCAUUCCCUGCAGAAAAUACCCCUUCCCUGUGUGUAUGUGACAGUGUGUAUGUAAUGGCUUCUGAUAUCUGUGAAAGCUGCCCGGCAACAAACUUCUUCCACUGGAUAUGUCCCCAGAUCCACAGCAGGCACACGUUUCCAAGGGACCAGGGAUUGUAUGCAUACUGACUGUGUGCUUCUUGUUCUCUUGUGAUAGGUCAUGGGGGAGCCCCUUUGAUCAACUUGGAGGGCUCUUCAGACAACUCCCCAAUGGCUGCUUUGAACUUACUCAGGAAAGCCAGCCCCUGGAUUAUUAUUGUGCAAGUCAACAGUAUCACUUUCUUAGGAAGAUCUAGAACAUCUCGAAAGGAAAUCAGUUUUCCUUACCUGCAAACAGAAAACCCACUUUGUUUAUACUGAAGCUUAAAGCAAAUGUGGCCAAGUGGGGCCAAACUGACUCAGGAGGCAGUCUGUCAUGGUCCAGUCCUGCCUCUGUGAAAAGUGUUAGAGCAGCUGGGCUGAAAUAGGGUUGGAGAAAGAGUCCAGAGCUAGAAAGAAGAUAUUUUUAGUAUGUGAAGUUAUCUAGGACUUCAGAUUCAUAAUUCAGUGCUGUGGAAAUGGAAAAAAAAUGAUUGAAAUGGUGGAAAGGAAAUGACCUUAAGGACUGGGGUGAGGCAAAGAAAUCUGAUUAAAAGUUGAAAUCAGUGUUUCAGAAUUCAGAUUGCCCGAAUUUUCCAAAAUGGUCACAAAAGCAUCUGAUAAAAACCUGAAUUCUUGGGCCAGCUGUGUGGAUUAACGGGCUUGUCACAACAUAAAAGGCUGGCAUGUAUAUUGGCAGGUGGAGAUUGUCACUGUAAAACUUAGUAGUUCCACUCUGAGGUUAGUCUGUCGUGGUCAGUGCACUAUGAGGGGAAUCCUUGCCACUCCCUGGCUGCUAACAAGCAUUCCCUCUAUUUACUAUAAUUGGAAUCCUCCUUUCUCUUGCAGCAGGCCUUCGGUUCACCUCACACACCCCAGUUUUCUCUUUAUGUAGCAUGUCCAGGCAUGCCCCACAGCUAGGUUUCCUGGCCAUCUCAUACUAGCAGAUCACAGUCUCUUAUGACCAUACUUUUCAGGGUCAAGGAAGAAAUAGUGUGCUAGGAGAUACCCAACUGCAAGCUCACAAACACCAUAUCUUCUUGAGACAUUAGUUUUUCUUUCCAACUGAUUUAAAGUCAGGGGUAACUGUAUUUUUAAUAGAACAAACACGUUAUAGAAGAGAAUGUCCAUACACUUAAAUCGUUAACAUAAAAUAGGAGACUUGGAAGGAAACUCUUAUUUGUAAGUGGACAUGAUUCCCUCUCCUCUUCGUGUGUGGUAUUUCCAUGUACACGCAGAGAUUCUGUCCGAACUGGAUUCAAGCAGCCUUGGGGUUGCUGUUGACCAAGGUCUAGACUUCCAGAUCCAAGGAGUCCCUGUUGGGAUAAAUCUCCCUUUUCCUGUCAUCUAGCUUGCCUGUGUACUUACCACAAAGCUUUAGGGGCAGCUAACAUGUGUAUGUACAGGAUAGUUCUAAGGCAGAAACAACAUAUGUUUAUGUAGGAGUCCUGUUUAUGUCAUUGUUCAUCCCUAUGCAUGCUAGAAAAUGAUUUAUCCCUUUGAGGCCAGGAAACUGCCAAGCCUGAUUCUCUAGGCUAGGAUUACCCUAGUUCACUACACAUACAAGAAUACUGGGGCAGAGAGGAGUGUAAGAUCAAAAGAUACUUUUCUCCAAACUGGUAGCUAGUAGAUGGCUUAGACAAUUUUGGUGCUUUACCAUCUGUCUGCAAAGACUGGAGAAUUUAAUACAUCUAGAGUUAACAACCUCCAAUGAGAUCCUAUUCUAACAAAAAUUUAAAAGAUAGACCAUUCUAGAAAGAGUGUAGAAUAUCAGAAGAUUGAAAAGGCUUGACAAUUUGGAAGCUUGUAUUGUCUUUCCCCAGUAAUCAUUGAUCUUUACAUGUUGACCUUCAUUAGCAAUGAAGGGAUCAUUGCCUCUCCACCCAAUCAUGCUAUUACUUUCAAUCAGUGUUUGGGGAAUCCAAGCAUUUGUACAGUUGUUAUAAACACAAAUCUAAGAAGAUUUGCCAACCCGUCUCUAUUAGUUAUCAUCUCUAGAGUCCUCAAGGAAAGCAUUUGCCCUUUACUUAGAAAGGGUUUCAGGUUCACUUUAUGGGUUCCUGCUGUCUUCAGCACCUGAUAAAACUUUAACCAGGAAAGCAUUAAACAUUUCAUAGCAGCCCCUGCCUAGAUCCCUAAGUUCCUAGUGACAGCAAUUAUCAAUGUAAGAACUAGGAUGCUUCCUGUACUGGUAUCAGCUUCGUCCUCAGAGCUAUGACCUCUUGCUUGGCUUUGUGUCCCAUAGUGAACGAAGCUUCUUGCUUUUCCAGGUCAGUGUGAGUUAAGAAUGUCAGAGUUGUAUGUGUCCUGGCAGACUAUGGACAGCAAGGUUUACCCAAAUCAUCAAGUGAUGCAGGUAAUGAAUGUCUCUAAAAUAAGUUGGGUCCUCCAAACAAGUCCUGGAUACCUUCUGAAUGUUAAGUGUCUAAGUGCUGAGAGUAAUUGGUUCAUUGGUUUGAUACCACUACAUCUAGCGCAGUUCUAAGAAGUGCUUGACUUCUCAGCUCUGACAGCCAGUAAGAAGAAGUAACCUUAGGACAGGCUAUGAGCCUCUCUGUAGAUGUGCAAGGGACAAGUCACUUGUCUGUAGUUGCUAGCAAAACAAUGGAACCAGUUUUGAACACAGCACUCCCUGAGCUGUAGUCAGCCUUCUGCCCCACAUCAUGACUCACCUACAGAUUGAAAGAGAGGUUUUCAGUUCUCCCAGUGCAGUAUGCCCAUUCACACUAUGAAUUCCUUUUCAAAGACAUCAAGAUGGCCUUAGUCCUCUACUCUAGUAAAUGUGUAAGUAUUCACUGUUAACCUGAGCUUCCUUCCAGGACCUGGGAGAGCCUUUCUUUUUGGUACAAUCCCCACAAAGGAAAAUAAAGGCCUUCAAGAGUGUAAAGUUUUUAGACAGAGUUGGAGGUGAUGGUAGUCUUCUAACUUUAUUUAAAUACCACCUGCUCCUUUACUAUAGAAAAGCAAAUGUUUAUGUUUUAGGAAACCCAGCUACCAAGUCUGUACUCUAUGAGAGGUGCCAAUUCAAAUCACUAACUUUGAACUCCCUUCCUGGAGAGGGGUGGGUUGAUUUGUACACACCCACAUACACUAUACCACUUAAUUAUUUAAGAGUUAAGUGAAGCUCAAAGCAGCUCCUGGUGAUGUUAUAUACCACAAAGGUUUCUCCUAGGUCCAUGUAAGUAUAAACAGAUAAUUGGGAGUGUGGCUGCUGGCUUUCCAGAAUAACCCCGUGGUAGGUGUCAACUCUUACAGCACUAAGCCAAGGUGACAUCCCAACCCUCUUCCACCAUGACUAAUAACAUGGGAAAUGCAGAUGCCUUGUCAUUUGGUGACCUGGAUCAUUUUGUCACUCCAUCUGGGCCCGAAUAUAGAACUGCAAAAUUUAUAACCUUGUAGUAGUCAGUGGUCUAAGAAGUCCUCUCUCUCCACAGAGAAAAUGUCCUGCUGAUUCCUGAUAUUCUACUCAUGAAGUAGGUGCUCGGUACACACGUCUCUAUAAAUUGGUUGCAUGUUUACCAUGUGCUGAGCACAUCUAGAUUUUUGUUUGUUUAAAGGCAAAAGUCCCAUUAUAAAUCAAGUCCAGCCCUGCCCUAAGAGAAAAGGCCCACAGAGCCAUAGCACAUCUCACUGACGCUGCCUUCACCCAUCAGUGUUUCUGAGGCCCACUGUCCUAUAGAAUUCCCAGAGCCACAGGAGCCAGGCAUUCCUCAGAUCACACAAGAGAUCAUUUGGAUCGCUUGGUUCCCCAUUACUAUCUGGGGCUGAGCAGAAACACUAGAACAAGGACCAGAGCAGGAACAUGGAGAUAAAUGAAGACACUUGGAGUGCACUGUUGGGAAAAUAGCCAGAGUCCAUGCUGGGCUUAAUGUGGCUUUAAGGGGACCAGUCGUUUAUACUUUAUGGAAGUUAAACCUGACCAGUCUUUGCAGUGACAGGCCACCAUGCGUGAGUGGGUCGAACCAACGAGUCCAUUGUCUUCUGCCUGUUGUCCUGUACACAGUCACAUUCCCUCCUUGGUCAUCUUCCCCUUCCACCGUUUACACUAAACAAGGGAACACUCAGUCUUUCAAGGGAAUUACAUAUCUGAGUUAAUGUUUCAGUAUAUCAUUUUCAUACUGUAAAUUAUUUUGUAAGAGAGAUUUACUGCUAUCCCAGGAUGUUCGGACUUGGCUCCCCUGUGCAUUUGGAAAUCAAUAAACUAUUACUGGAAAUACCA